AUCUUAGCGGACGACAUGGGUCUGGGUAAAACCAUUCAGGUCAUCUCAUUCCUCUCUGGUAUGUACGACAACGAGCUGAUCAAUCACACACUGCUGGUCAUGCCGACGUCACUCAUCACAAACUGGACCAAGGAGUUUGCCAAGUGGACUCCCGGCAUGAGGGUGAAGGAGUUUCAUGGAACCAACAAACGAGAGAGGACCAGGAACUUGGAGAAAGUCCAGAGGAGGGGUGGCGUCAUCAUCACCACGUACACUAUGCUCAUGAACAACUGGCAGCAGCUGUCCUCAUACAACGGCAAAGAGUUCACGUGGGACUACAUGAUCCUGGACGAGGCACACAAAAUAAAAACAACGGCCACCAAAACGGCCAAAAGUGCCUGCGCCGUACCGUCGAAGAACCGAGUUCUCCUCACAGGAACUCCGGUCCAGAACAACCUGAGAGAAAUGUGGGCGCUCUUCGACUUCGCUUGUCAAGGAACGCUUCUCGGCACGGCGAAAACGUUCAAAGCAGAGUAUGAAAAUCCAAUCACCCGGGCCAGAGAGAAGGACGCCACUCCGGGAGAAAAGGCUCUCGGGUUCCGGAUGUCUGAGAACCUCAUGGUCAUAAUAAAACCCUACUUCCUCCGCAGGACGAAAUCAGAAGUGCAGAAGAAUAAAAUGAACGGCGCACAUCCUCACACAGAGGAGCAGGCAGACGGCAGCGACGGCCAAGUCCCACAAGAACACAAAGACUCUGGGGCAGUGAUGCCCACGCUGACGAGGAAGAACGACCUGAUUGUGUGGACGUACCUGAGCGCCGCUCAGGAGGACAUCUAUCGACAGUUCAUCACACUGGACCACAUCAAGGAGCUGCUCCUGACCACCAGGUCGCCUCUCGCCGAAUUAAACAUUUUGAAAAAGCUGUGCGACCACCCGAGACUGCUCUCAGCCGGAGCCAUCGCCAAGCUGGGUUUGGAGGAGAGCGCAGCUGAACACCAGCAGGAGGACGACGUGGAGACAGACUCUCACAGCAUCGCCAACGUCCCCGACAGCACGUUAAUAUCCGAGUCCGGGAAACUCGUUUUUCUGUUUGCGCUUCUCGAGCAGCUCCAACAGGAAGGCCACCGCACGCUCGUCUUCGCUCAUUACAGGAAGGUGCUUGACAUCAUCGAACGCAUCCUGGGCAACAGAGGCUUCAAAGUGCUGAGGCUGGACGGCACAAUAAAGCAGAUGGCCGAGAGACAGAGGCGCAUCACUCUGUUUCAGACGGACAAGCGCUACACCGUCCUCCUCCUGACCACCCAGGUCGGCGGGGUCGGCAUCACCUUGACGGCAGCGAGCAGAGUCGUGAUCUACGAUCCCAGCUGGAACCCGGCGACGGACGCCCAGGCCGUGGACAGGGCGUACCGCAUCGGGCAGACGGAGAACGUGGUCAUCUACAGGCUGAUCACCUGCGGCACGGUGGAGGAGAAGAUUUACCGACGGCAGGUUUUCAAAGACUCCCUCAUCAGACAGAACACCGGAGACAAGAAGGACCCGUUCAGAUACUUCAGCAAACAGGAGCUGAAGGAGCUCUUCACCCUGGAGGACACCCAGUCCUCGGCCACACAGCUGCAGCUUCAGGCCCUGCACUCCAGACACCGGCAGACAGACCCUGAGCUGGACGAGCACAUCGCCCAACUCCACGCCAUGGAGAUGUUCGGUAUCUCCGACCACGACCUCAUGUUCUCCCUCGACGUCCAACACGACGGGGCGCUGGAGGACCAGCAGGAGCAACAUUACAUCGAAGGGCGGGUCCACAAGGCUCAAGAGCUGAUGAAGGCGGAGUCGGAGUUGCAGAUGCAGCUGGUGGAGAGCAUGGCUUCCAGCACAGAGCCGGCGUGGCUCAGACAGCCGGCGGACAGCAACAACAGAGAGCGGCCCCGCGAGAAAGAACCAAGAAAUCCAAGACCGAGUCCGUCAUAUCCUCAACAUGACGGAGACCUAAACCGCUCACUGGUUGUGGUAGAGCUGGACCGCUCGGGUUCUGGCAGCGAGGAUGUCCAGCAGAAUCUGAGCAACCAAGUUAUAAAUCUGACUUCAGACGAGAGCGUGACGGAAGAACCUACUGCUGAAGUCUCAGAGCAGAACCUGGAUUCACCGAGACACCGGUCUGUCCCGCAGGACGGGAGCUGCCUGGAAGCAGCAGACGCCUCCUCUCAGGAGGUGAUGGAGAAGUCUCUGGAGAUGGUGGAGGCUGCAGGUGAUGUGGCAGAUGCCUCCAUGCAAGAACUAAUGGACCAAUCAGCGAUGUCGGAGGCUGCGGUCGCUCCAGCAGGUGAACGCAGCCUGUCGUAUGUCACAGCGUGUGGUGAGAACCAACAAAACGGAACCUCACACUCAAAAUGCGAGGACUCUGAGAUGGAGCUGGGUCACGCUUACGUCACGCCACUGCAGAACAAAAGACUGUCUGUCUUACAAGCUUCAAGCUCAAGCUUCAGAGCAGAAACGUCGUCCAGAGUCAGCACCGGCCUCGAGUCCUUUGAAGGCAACUUCAACUUACAGCUGGAGGACAGCGACGCCCUCUCAGACAACGACGCUCAGGAUCCUGUGGAGACGGAGGCGGAGGAGAGGAAGCUGUUGGCAGAGCUGCAGGUGGAGGGGAGUUUUGACGUCGAUAGAUCUCUGUGUGAGAGGAAACACAAAGACGCACAGAGCCUCAACAACGGCCACGCCUCCCAAAUGGAAGAGUCUGUGAACGACUCCGUCGUAGCUCCCAGGAAGAAAAGAGCAGCAGUGAUCUACGAUAGUGAUGAUGAUGAUGAUGAUGAUGAUGAUGAUGAUGAUGAUGAUGAUGAUGAUGGGAGGCAACUUGAAAACUCCUUCCAGGUGCUCGGAGCCUCCACUCCUCGAUCAGCGCCCUCUGGCUCCACCCCUCUCCGGUCCAGAAAGAGUGUCGGGGGAAACACCUCCGUGGCCUCCCGCCUCUCCCUCCUCCUGUCAAUCAUCGAGGACGUAGAGAACCACAAACAGGACUUGGUGGAUGAGGAGGAGGAGGAGGAGGAGGAGGAGGAGGAUGAUGAUGAUGAUGAGGCUGAGGCCGAAGAGUCAGACAUCAUUGAUCCAUCUCAUGGCAAGGAGGAGUAUGAACUUCAGCUGGAGGAGACCGCCGGAGAGACUCUGAACUCGGAGGAGGAGGAGGAGGAGGACGACUCUGAGUCAGCAGAUGUCAUCAGUAAAUCAGGAGAGGAAAUGAGCAGCGACCUCAACCAAUCAACCGGCGAGCUGGAGCUGGCCUCCACCGAGAGAAUGGAGCAGUGCACCGUCGAGACGAACGUGGUCGAGUCCGAGGACAAGAGCUACGACUCCCUGGUCAGCAGCGGGAAGGCGUGCUACAACAACGGGCAGCUGGACGACGCCCUGGGCUUCCUUCUAAAGGCGAUCAACAUCAAACCCGGAGAUUCCGAUAUUCAGCUCAUGAUCAUCCAGCUGUUCCAGCAGCUGGGUCAGAGACGGUAGAACCGUCCUGCGGAAGGAAGAACCUCCAACCUCGAGAACCUGAAAACAGCUUCUGCCCGAAGACGGUUAGAACAGAGUCACAUCCCUUGUUUAAACCCAAACCAGCAGCGUGUUCGUUUCUCUGAACACUUAUCACACGUUGAUGUUUCCCACCAUCACCAUUUUAACUGAUGCAGUAAAUCAGGGACAUUCUGUUUUUUCAAAAUCUUUUGUACCUUGCACUUGUUGUUUAUAUUGACACCAAGUUUCCCAAGUAAAAUACCUGUUUGUAUCUGCAUUGGUAUUUGUUAGUUUCCUUUGGUUGGGACCCACAGGAAGUUGCUUAAUGUGCACAAACGGUUGACAGAAAUUUCUAAAUAAUUAUAUUUAUUAGUGCAAGUGACAGUUUUCAUCAUUUGUUUUCAUC